ACCAACAGUCACAGAGCCAGAUGCAGCGCACACCCAAAUUUGCCUGUAUAUGACUAUUUUUUUGGAGUUGAGUUUUAUUAAAGAAUAACAUUUUUAGGUGGAAUUGAUGUCCAUGAAGCUGUGACCUUAUAACUAACUGGUGAAAUAAGGAUAUAUACAUUUACAAAGAUGGACGACAUCGACGCCAUGUUCAGCGAUCUGCUGGGGGAGAUGGACCUCCUCACUCAGAGCCUCGGACAGGAAACAGUGCCUCCUGCCUCCUCUCUCCCCAGCAACGACAACCUCAACUUCUCCAUCGGCUUCACUGACCCGAAUGAGUCCCUCAACGAACUGGAGGACAAUGACUUGGACGCACUUAUGGCUGAUUUGGUGGCUGACCUCAAUGCGACUGAGGAGAAACUCGCAGCAGACAUCAACGAUCUGAAGGUGCUAUCACCGCCCAAGCAAGACCUACCACCGGCACCUACGGGCCUCGCUUCACUGCCGUCACCCCCAAGCAGCGCCAGCAGCAAUGCUAGCACCACGUCUUCCGCCUCCUCCUUACCACCUCCGCCUCCUCAGGGUGCAAAGCCUACAAUGGAGGAAAUCGAGGCGCAGAUGAAGGCCGACAAAAUCAAGCUUGCUCUUGAGAAGCUCAAGGAAGCUAAAGUGAAAAAGUUAGUGGUGAAGGUGCUGAUGAACGACGGCAGCUCCAAGACUCUCAUGGUGGACGAGAGGCAGACCGUCAGGGAAGUUCUGGAAAACAUGUUUGAGAAGACUCACUGCGACUGCAACGUGGACUGGAGCCUGUGUGAGACCAACCCUGAGCUGCAGCUCGAGCGAACAUUUGAAGACCAUGAAAAUCUUGUGGAGCCACUCUCAGCGUGGACAAGGGACAGCGAGAACAAAGUCCUCUUUCAAGAGAGGAAGGAAAAAAAUGAGGUUUUCAAAAACCCACAGAACUUUUAUCUAUGGAAAAAGGAUAUGAGAGCUUUGAAAGAAAUAAAAGACAGAGACAAGGAUAUAUUAAUACAGGAGAACUUCUGCGGGACUUCCAUCAUCGUGCCUGAUCUUGAGGGGGUGCUGUACCUCAAAGAAGACGGCAAGAAGUCGUGGAAGCAGCGGCUCUUCCAGCUGAGGGCCUCAGGAAUUUACUAUGUGCCCAAAGGGAAGACAAAGUCAUCCCGUGAUCUCGUCUGCUUUGUCCAAUUGGACAACUUAAAUGUCUACUACGGCAAAGAUUUGAAGACAAAAUACAAGGCCCCGACUGACUUCUGCUUUGUUCUGAAGCAUCCUCAGAUCCAGAAGGAUUCUCAGUAUAUCAAGUACCUGUGCUGUGAUGAUGCUUGGUCCAUGAAUCUUUGGGUCACUGGAAUACGAAUUGCAAAGUACGGUGUGUCGCUGUAUGAAAACUAUAAAACAGCCGAGAGGAAGGCUGCUGUCAGCUCUGUGUGGACGAACCGCAGCACUCCAUCAAGCUCCAAUCCAUCAACGCCCUCACCCACCGUCAAAGCCAAAUCACCGAGCCAGGCCAACGGGCACGCGUCAAAGCCCCAACCGAGACCUGAUUCUACGGACUUUGGAAAUCUCCCGCCCCCACCACUGGACGAUUUCCUCCCCCCACCACCUCCAGACCCAGCCCUCCCUCCUCCACCACCUCCUAUGUCUACCAAGACUGCCCUCAAACCUGCCCCUCCCCAGCGACAACUGCCAACCAACUUCCCUCCACCUCCGCCUGCAAUGGACAACCUCCCUCCUCCCCCGCCAGAUCCACCCAUGGACGACAGCUCAGAAUCUCCACCAGACUUCCUCCCUCCCCCUCCUCCGGCUGCUGGCUUCGGUUCUCUGCCACCUCCUCCGCCGGUCAACUCUCUACCACCUCCACCGGCUCGUUUCGGUGGUAUGGACCAGUCUCUGCCUCCUCCACCACCAGAUCCAGGGUUCCUACCGCCUCCACCUCAGCCAGUAUUCAUAAGCGCUGGAGCACCCCCUCCGCCUCCGCCACCUCCUCCACCUGCUGCUCCGGCCCCGCAAGCAGCUCUGCGGCCUGCCGGGUCAGUGAGGAAGAUGCCUCCUGCUCCGCCAAAGAGGACUACACCGGCACUGCAAGAAGGAGGGGGUGGAGGAGGAGGUGGGGACUUCAUGUCAGAACUGAUGCUUGCCAUGCAGAAGAAGCGCAGCGAUCAUUAACCUGAGGAGGCUGAAUAUAAAUAUAGGUCCAACUUAACCUUUAAUCAGCCUCUUCUUAAGCUGAGAAAAAAAAAAGCUCAUCUGUACCUUACAUCUCCAGGUAGAAACUACCUACUUGAGAUAAAUUAAGACUCAAGACUCAUUUGCAUUCAUCAUCCUUUUUCUUAACUGCUUAUUUACAGCCUAAUCUUUCAUUAAUCGAGUAAAUCCACUCGAGGAUGUGUUUUACUUCUUCUUAUCGUCACCAGCAUAUUGGAUCUUCACAACGUGCAGAAUUUUACACUAGAAGAAUUUUUUUUUGUUGAGGAAAGUUUCUCUGUUGAGGAACUUGUCCACUGAAAACCUGUAUUAAAGGUACCUGAACAUGAUUUGUGACAGCACAAAUUGUUUGGAGCCAAUCGUGGUCACAUAUGCAACCUACACAAGUGUGGAGAAGCCUCGGGUGGUCAUACACACUGAGAGCUGUCUUUUCAGUGAAGUUAGACAUCUUGUGUCCAGCAAUGAAACUUUUGAAAAUGAAAACUGUUUGCAUUGAGAGGAAUGCAUGUAAUUUUAAGAUUUCAUAACCAGCUAACUGAUGUUUCUGGUGUACAAAUGUUAUUGUUUAAAGCAGAAUAGUUUUUAAACAUGUCUUAGAACCCUCCAUGUCCGGAGGGAAACUUAAUACUUCAAAGACUGUUAUAUAUGAUCAAAGAUCAAUUUUAUACAGUGUUUGGAAACCAGUCGAUUUUUUAACAUUUUUUUAACUCAGAAACUUCUGUUUUAAUAAAAAACAGGGUAAUUUUAUGUACAUUAUGAAA